CGAGCGCAGACCGGAGCUUGCCCGCCGCCCCUGCGGCUCGGCCGCCACAGACAGAUUGGCUGCCAGCCCCCAGCUCCCGGAGGAGCCCCUGCCGCGUCCACGCCGCCCGAGCCCAGCAGGUGCUGGGAAACCGCAGGCGAGCGCGCCCCGUGCGGCCGACCCCGAGCCCCGCCCGCCGUUCGCCGUCCGCCGUCGGGGCGGCCGCGGCCCCGGUCCCCGCCCGGCCGCGGAGCGGAUGCGCGCCCGCUGAGCGCCCGCCCGGCCCGGCCCGGCCAUGGCCGCGCGCCCCGGGCCGCUGUGGCUCGUGGGCCUGGCGCUGUGCGCGCUGAGCGGCGGCGGCCCCGGCCCGCGCGCCCCGGCCGGCUGUCCGGCCCGCCGCCUGGGCCCGCGCGAGCGCCGCGACAUGCAGCGCGAGAUCCUGGCGGUGCUCGGGCUGCCCGGGCGGCCCCGGCCCCGCGCGCCGUCCGCCGCCGCCCGGCUGCCCGCGUCGGCGCCGCUCUUCAUGCUGGACCUGUACCACGCCAUGGCCCGCGACGACGACGAGGACGGCGGCCCCCCCGAGCGGCGCCCGGGCCGCGCCGACCUGGUCAUGAGCUUCGUCAACAUGGUGGAGCGUGACCGUACCCUGGGCCACCAGGAGCCCCACUGGAAGGAGUUCCGCUUUGACCUGACCCAGAUCCCAGAGGGGGAGAUGGUCACAGCCGCUGAGUUCCGGAUUUACAAGAUGGCCAGCACCCACCUGCUCAACGGGACCCUGCACGUCAGCAUGUUCGAGGUGGUCAGAGAGCAGUCCAACAGGGAGUCUGACUUGUUCUUUUUGGAUCUUCAGACGCUCCGAGCUGGGGACGAGGGCUGGCUGGUGUUGGACGUGACAGCAGCCAGUGACCGCUGGUUGUUGAGCCGGAACAAGGACCUGGGGCUCCGCCUCUAUGUGGAAACGGAUGAUGGGCACAGCGUGGAUCCUGGCCUGGCUGGCCUGCUGGGGCGACGGGCGCCGGGCUCCAAACAGCCUUUCCUGGUCACUUUUUUCAGGGCGAGCCCUGGUCCUGUCCGAGCCCCUCGGGCAGCGAGGCCCCUGAAGAGGAGGCCUCCCAAGAAAACCAACGAGCUGCCACACCCGAACAAACUCCCGGGGAUCUUUGAUGACGUUCACGGCACUGACGGCCGGCAGGUUUGCCGGCGGCACGAGCUCUACGUCAGCUUCCAGGACCUCGGCUGGCUGGAUUGGGUCAUUGCUCCCCAAGGCUACUCAGCCUAUUACUGUGAGGGGGAGUGCUCCUUCCCGCUGGACUCGUGCAUGAACGCCACCAACCACGCCAUCCUGCAGUCCCUGGUGCACCUGAUGAAGCCGGACGCGGUCCCCAAGGCGUGCUGCGCCCCCACGAAGCUGAGCGCCACCUCCGUGCUCUACUAUGACAGCAGCAACAAUGUCAUCCUGCGCAAGCACCGCAACAUGGUGGUCAGGGCCUGUGGCUGCCACUGAGGCCCGGCCCCGCCGCUGCAGAGCCUCCCGCCUGGAUCAGGCCCCUCUCCAGAUGCAGAAAACUCUCACACCCAGCCCGACCUCAGGGGGU